UUUUUUCUGGACGUACCUGUCAAGUUUCAUCCUGCAGUAAUAUACAGUUGUUGCCAUCUAGGAGCAUUCCUGCUCCUUGAAUAUCUUGCAUCUGUGUACAUGAUAUAGCAUAGUGAGACUACAUUGACAGAAGGUGUAAGGUGACACUUUUGCUUUUGACAAAGGCUGAUAUCCCCCACCUCCCUGGUCGUGCUUCAUGUAAUGGCUGAGCACUCGUCUGUGUUAUUUCAUUACAGGUGCCCUGAUGCCUAAGAUGACGUCAGUAUUCAGUGUCAUUUGCUGAGGUAGACAAUUUUUCAUGCUAGAGAGAUUAAUCCCCCCCCAACCCCCAUCUCCCCAAAACCAUUUGACAAAUCUAUUGCCUGUGGAACAUCAGAUUAUAUGUAGCUAUUAAAGCAUAAUCAGACAGUAAGGUUUGUUUAUCAUGGAACUGUGAAGCAUGUUUAGCCUCACUGAUGUCAACGAAACACCCAGGCUGCCGCGUCAUUCACAGCCUUUGUAUGAGACAGAAGCAGAGAGAGAGAGACAGACACAGGGAGAGACAGGCGGUACAGCUGUUCUAUUGAAUCUGGAUCGAAAAGUCAUGAAGCUGGAUCUCUGACUCAUCAGUUCUGUGACGCUCCAGUUUCAUGGCUCAUAUGAUGCCAACCAGCAUGUCAUCAGCUGGGUGGAGGGGAGAGGACGGGUGGGGGAGGAGACAGAUCCCAGUUACCACCAAUCUUUUUUUCCCACAAGCAAAUUCUGAUGCAAUAACAAUAACAGAAAUGUUCACUACUGUGCAAUUUUCCAGUCUGGUAAACUAAGGAAUUUGAUUGAAAUAGAGCUAGAACAUACUGGUGAGGGAUGAGGAGAGGUUGGGGGGGGUGAGUGUCUGGAAGGUGGGGUAGAUGACUUUAGAGGACGGAUGCUGCGAGGAGGUAGAGGAGAGUCGUGAGGGGGAGGAGAUGCAGUGCUCUUGUUUCCUGGGGGGAUGGUGUUAAAUGUGAUGAUAGAACAUAGACAAGGACAGGGCUGAUCUUCAUUAUGUGACUGCAGCAACUCUUUGAUUAUAGCCUACUGGUAUUGCUUUGUCGUAUGAGAAACACGUCUAGACUUUAUAUGCUUGAGCUUGGUUCUGGUUGGGCUGAUUUGAAUUUAAGUAUAAUCAAAUUCACCAGGAGAAGGAUGGACAAAUAAUAAAUGUGACAGCUAUUGAGCAGGGCAUGAAAUUGGGGAAAUACCUUUUAAGAUCAGCAUUCAGAGGUUGUUACUGUAAGCACAGUUUUCGCCCCAUCACUUAGUCUGCUCUGUUCCAAUCGAGAGGCACAGAAAGCUGUGAUUCAGAGUAGCUGUCCUUCUAUUGGCUGGAGCUGUUAAGGGGCAGGGCCUUGCCACAGGCUGGUGGGCAGGAAGGGGCUGGCUUUAGGGGUGUGGGGGGGUUGGCUGGAAGUGUUUCAGCCAGAUAGUUGGAGUAGACACUCUUCUGCUUCCUGCCUGCCUGCCUGCCUCGCUUGCUUGCUCCGUGGCUGAGAGAGAGAGAGAGACAUCGAGAGAAAAUCCCAGUCUAGGCAUGGACCUCCGGCUGCAGCACUCGGCAGCUCGCGAGGAAUGACAACAGUUCACAUGGUCAUUAACUCCAGUCGCUGAGGCUGAAGGGAGAGCUGUACUGAAGCUCAGUGUCACAGAAGCACCGGGUGCCUCCUCUGUUCGGGACAGCAGACAGACAGAGGCACACAGCAGAGCUACGGAACCCAGUGAAACGAGAUCACUGACAGAAAGUGCCUUGUGAGACAACAUCCUUUCCUGAAGAUCCCUGGGCGUUUCUGAAGAGCUCCAGAUUUUUCCCUCUGCAGUUGUGACAGUACAUAGCUCAGCUGCAAACACCCCUGACCUUUUGGUUUGUCCUUACCUGUGCUCAGUGUGAAGGAAACCUAAGUGAAGAGGUGGAGCUAUUGCACUGCUGGCCAAGGUGCCAAAGCUCAGAGAGAAUAGGUACUGAAGACUUUUAAACAAUAGAAAGCCACAAACUUUGUGUUGUCCUAAACUGUGCCAUUGCACCUCAAAAUAGCACCACUUCUGCUCCCCAACAUUCACCCUUGCACAGAUAUCAUCACUCAUACAAAGGACAUUUUGGGGACAUUGAUACAACCAGUAGAGCUUGGCUCUGAGCAUGCCCCCUCUGCCUUGUCAGAGGUCUGCACCUGAGACUUACUGACUGAUGAACAAUUAGCUGUUUGACUGACAAACUCCAAAACGGCAGUGCAGUCCCAUGCUCCGGUCACAGAGACUUUGCCAGUCCAUUACCUCCACUCUCCUGUCUGCAAGGACAAACCUCAUCCACUGAUCAUUUAUAGCUACAUGUUCCAUCAGUUUUAGUUAUUGUGUGUUUUAUUUUUUUUACUGGAACACUCUAAAACACCUCCUCAGAGGAUAGCCUCCUCCUUAAACCAAGUGGCUCCACUCCACCCCAGCUCCACAGCCAGUGCUGCUGACAUGGCUCUAAACAUUGCCUCGAUACGGGACACAAAAUGGCUGACCCUGGAAGUGUGCCGGCAGUUUCAGAGAGGGACUUGUUCACGCAGCGAUGAGGAAUGCAAAUUUGCCCACCCACCCAAAAGCUGCCAGGUAGAGAAUGGGAGGGUGAUUGCCUGCUUUGACUCGUUAAAGGGCCGUUGCACGCGAGAGAACUGCAAAUACCUCCACCCGCCCGCUCACCUGAAGACCCAGCUGGAGAUCAACGGGCGAAAUAACCUGAUCCAGCAGAAGACAGCGGCCGCCAUGUUGGCUCAACAGAUGCAAUUCAUGAUCCCCGGCACCACCAUGCAACCUGUGCAGACGUUUCCAGUCAGCCAGGGCCUGGGUUCCAGCGCAGGUUUGAGCUACACACCCUACCUGACUCCCAUGUCCCACAACAUGGGCCUGGUGCCCACAGACAUCCUGCCCAGCACCCCCGUUAUCGUCCCUGGCAGCCCGCCCGUCUCCAUGACCGGCGGCUCUUCCUCCAACCAGAAACUGCUGCGUACCGACAAGCUGGAGGUUUGCCGCGAGUUCCAGCGGGGCAACUGUGCUCGUGGGGAGACUGACUGCCGCUUCGCUCACCCGAGCGACAGCCCCAUGAUUGACACCAGCGACAACACAGUCACCGUCUGCAUGGACUACAUCAAGAGCCGCUGCUCCCGUGAGAAGUGCAAGUACUUUCACCCCCCGGCCCACCUGCAGGCCAAGAUUAAGGCCGCCCAACACCAGGCCAACCAGACAGCUGUGGCUGCGCAAGCCGCCGCCACAGCUGCAGCCAUGACUCAGUCGACUGCCAAAGCAAUGAAGCGACCCCUCGAGGCAACUGUAGACCUGGCGUUCCCCCACGGCGUCCUCCAGCCCCUACCAAAGAGACAAGCACUUGAGAAGAGCAACGGAGCAAGCUCCCUGUUCAACCCCAGUGUUUUGCACUACCAGCAGGCGCUGGCAAACGCACAGCUCCAGCAGCACCAUUUCUUUCCCACAGGGUCAGUCUUUUGCAUGACUCCUGCUAGCAGUCUUGUCCCAAUGAUGUACAGUGCUACGCCUGCUACUGUCUCUGCAGCAACAACUCCUGCCACAAGUGUCCCCUACGCAGCAACAGCACCAGCCAAUCAGAUCAUCCUGAAGUAAGUGUCAGGAAGGGAAUGGAGUGUCACGAAGCUGCACUAGGAAACCCAGAACAGCCCCUGUGUAAAUACUACCUUACCUCUCCCAUAGAGGUCCAGCAACCUGCAUGCUAAGAGUGUAACACUUCAAUUUAACCAUAAGAACUGCAGUGCCGGUGUAACACACACACAAAAAAAAAGAUAUAUUCUGUAUGUAUUGCUAGAAAAAAACUAUUAACAUGAAAAAGUCAAAAAUAUUCUUAUGUAUAGUACUACAUACAUAGCAGACACACUAUAGAGGUCAUUUUAACAACUGUUCACCCUAAGUACUGUGGAUCCCCUCUCUUUCAUAUUUGUUCUAAAACCGCUGCACAAUGUUCAUCCCUUUGGUUAGUAAAAAAAAAAAAAAAAAGAUGAUUGAUUUGCACUAUACAAGAAAUAUAGUGCUUAAUGUUGAAGUGGAAAACAGGAAGAGUCACAGAAAAACCCGUGCACAACCACACCAAUGCACUUGGCGCUUUCAAGAGGGUUUUCGUCUCGCGGUCUUUGCUUUUCUCUCUACAAAGUUGAAUGUCCUUGGGGCAGAGAGGCUCAUGUUUUCUUAAUGUGACUGUCCCUGCGAGGGUACCUAUGUGACCCUCAUCUGCCCCAGUUGCUGUUCAGAUGCCAUGAUGAAGCUUUUCCUCCCCUCCCCCUGCCAACCUUUCAUCUCGGAAACAUCUUGCCAAAGUCGCGGCUUGGAAGAGGUCGGUGGAAUCAACCUGCCAGAAAGUAGAGCCACAUUUUAACACCCUGAUAAAUUCUUUUUAUUUCUCUUUUGCCAUUGUGAAAGCUGCUCAGAACGCACCCUGUAUUUGUUUCGGUGCUGGGUUCAGUUCUUUGUUCAGGAGGAGUGGUGGGAUACAUUGUGCACGGAUUUUUGCAUGUAGUCGGGACUGGGGAAGACAGUGCCCAGUGUUGACUGAAGAUAGUCGUGGCCGUUACCGAAAAGCCUAAAGGCUCGGGUCUGUGCCAAGGGCUUUACAAAGCUUGAGGGUUCGUUCCAGACAUACCAAGCCUUGUGUGUGUGUGUGCAUGUGUGUUCGUAUCUGGAGACGGAUGGUCUGCCGGCAGACUGGGACUUGAAGCGAGGUCUAGCGGGUGAUGACAACACCGGGCCUGGUAGGAGAGGUUUUGGGGGGUGGGUGAGGGACUUAAGUGCUAAGACUAAACAAAAAAACGGUGCAUUUGACGACGCUCGUCAAGCAAAAGAUGACUUGAACUUCGACUGGAGGGCUAUCUGUGACCGUCGGUUGUCCUGUCCAACCCUACUAUCACCGAUAAUCCUGUUCCAUUUUAGAAAACUGUAGAAGUGCCUAAAAAAUGCUCAUCAACAACACAUGCAUCCAGAGUGUAUCACUAAAAGUUACAGACACAACACACUGGCUGUCAGAAGCUACAUGGACUUUUCGGGAAAGACAUCACAUUUUGCGAAUCGUUACUGGAAACAGUUUUCUAGUAACAGUUCAUUAACAUCACAAGUGACUUUAUCGAAACAAAAGAAGUUAAAGAAAUGACAAAUCAAAAAUAGCUUUGUAGAAUGUUUGGUGACUUUCAUGGUGUACCAUCGUUUCUUACCAUGGUUUGAGUAGUUUACAUGAGGAACGUGAGUGAGAAAAAAAAUGUAUUGUAAACUGUGUAAUGUAUGUAAAGUGUCUCUUAUUUUGAGAGUUUAUAUUCAUGGUUCUAGAAAUGUAUUCAAGUUAUUUAAAAUUUGUGUUGUGUCUUUUAUCAAGGUAUGUUUGAACCUCCCCAAAUCCUCCACCAUCUCCACCUUCACCCAGAACAAUCAUUUGUCUUUUAGCCAAGAUCAUAAAUUGUUAUUUUAUUAUUUUAGACCAACCCUCUCUUUAUUUUUUGCAUUUUAUGAAUAGCGCGUUUUAACUCGUGAUACUAAAUCUUAUUUUCCAUUUUUCAAAAAUUCUGAUGUAAUUUCAUGGUGCUUGAUUAACAUUGACAAUCCACAAUCAUACCUUGGAACAAGAGUGCUUCACUCUGGUUUCACAUUUUGGUUUCAUUCACUCUGAUUGUCUUCACAUGCAUUAUGAUUUGUAUGUAAUAUUUGUGGAAGGUGGUAAAAGUUUUAUUUUGUUGUAAUUUAUCUUAUGUUACUCUUGGUCAAAUUUUAGUCAAAAACAAUGUUGUUAACUAUUCUAUUUUGAAAUGAAUGUAAUUUAUUGAGCUGUGCUACAUUCUGCACGGUUGGUCAUUUCAAGGUCUAACCCGUCAGGUCAGCGAAUGAGAAGUCGCACAUGUCUGUGGGGUGGGGUUUUAAAAGUCAACCCACCAAUAGAAAGCUACUGGAUCUUUCUUGCCUUCUCAUCGAUAAAAAGAUCACAGUGUUGCAGUAAUGAGCAUAGUUAUAGAGUUGCUUGUGUUGUUGGAAAAAAAUGUUUAUUGUAUAGAUGACAUUUUACCAAAAAAAAAGAGAAGAAAAUUUCAAAAAAGAUGUACUUUUCACUCUAGUAUAAUAGUAUUUCAUAACAAUAUUAAGUUGUUGCUGUGGCAACCAAAUGUUGCAAUUACUAAAGUUCGGUAUUUUUGUAAAUGACAUUGUUAAGUUGAUUUUCUGUUUCUUUUUGCUAGAACACUGUACACAAGGUAGAUUGUAAAGAAGAUAUGAACAUUUCUUAUUCUUCACUGAGAUUAUGACAAUGACCUAAUAUUUUCAUUAGCAAAGAACAGCCUCUAUAGUGCUGUGACUGUAACACUUAAAUAGAUUUAAAGUCAUCAAUGUUACAUAGAUUAUAUAUAAAUAUAUAUAUAUAUAAGAACUAAAUAAUCUAUAAAUUAAUAAGUUCAGAUGUACAACUCUUCCCCUGACAAAGGACCUUUAGGUUCCACACAGACAUUUUAUGCGAGGCGUAUGUAUCACUAGAGUUAAGGACUGCACUUUUCAUAUUGUUUAAGGAUGUGAUCUGUUUUUCAUUUCCUUUAAGGGUUUAGAGGUUUCUGCCCCCCCUAGUACAGUAAAUCUGUUUAUAAAUCAAAAGCAGAUACUACCGGUGAAUAACUUUAAUUCAACAUGUUGCAUGAGAAAACAAUAUUUUCUUUUCUUACUAAAUGAUAACGUACUGAAUGUUUCUAGUGAAAAAAAAAAAGUCUGUACACAAAAAUGUCCUCAUUUGGUGACCCACAAUGCCCUUGUGUAUGGAAUCCUCUUGAGAUGUCAUGUUUUUUCAAAUGUGUUGGCAAUGAUUGACUGAUGGUAAAAAGAAAAAUGUAAGCACUUUCUGAGCAGUUGGUCAACUGAGCAGACUCAGCUUAUCCUAACACUUUGCCUUAUCUUGAGUCCAUCGUGCUUAAGGUUUUAUGUUUUUAAGAGCUCUUAUGAAAUUUAUUAAAGAGACUUGAACGGGUCUCUCAUCUCAAAUCCCUUCUCAGUUUCAUUUCAAAUAUGUAUCUUUAUAUCUAAAAUCAUUUUUUAAGGUUUUAAUGAGCGCAUCGCAAGGCCAAAAGGGGUGACUGCAACUGAGUGAACAGUCAUUGAUCUUUACUUCUGGUCUCCCAAAUCUGUAGUGAGAUAUUUUUUGUCCCAUUGCCUUACAAUGGAACUGUUUGGAGCUUGUAAUUCACAGCUUUAGCCAGCAGAGGGCACUACACUGGAGACUGCAGGUUAUGAAUUGUGACUGCCUGUGCCAUCAUUGUUGCAGUGUACCCUACCAACAAAGUAAAGACAUAAAGAUUAAUUGUCAAGAAGACCCUCAUCGGAUUUAUGGUUUUAAUGUAAUCAUUUUUAAAUGUAUUCUUUUUGCAUAUAUUUUGUGCUAUUUUAUGUUUCUAUAGUCAAAUGUUUCUUUGGUUCCAGCAAGAUAGUGUAAAAUCUAUUGAAAGAAAGAAAUAAAGAAAAUCAAAGGA